AUGAGCAACAAUAGUGUGGUUCCUGCUGUCUCCACAAAUCGCCAAAGUUCUGCUGAACACAAUGCGAUUAACGGUUCUCCAAGGCGGCAAAGCAUAGCUGCUGACACAAGACGAACUUCAAUAUCUCUAGCUACUCCUGUAGCCCAUAGCUCUUCAAUCAAUAAUGGACGCUCCCAAUACACCGGCGCCGAUAUCAUCCAGCAUGCUCCUCACUUUACGUCUGGUCUUAAGAGUGGAUCUAGUAGUGCUGGCAUGGUACCUCCUCGUCAUGGAUCUUCCCUGGGUGAAUUCUCUCAACAGAUACAAGAUAGUAACCGCAAAUCUCCAGCUGCAACAACCAAUUCAAGUAAAGCAAGCAAAGGUGGGCUGAGGUACUCGAAUUAUUUCGCAGAGGAUGGUAGUGAUGCCAUAAAGGGGCCAAUUGAACCAAUGAUGAUGCUACAUUACAUAUGGUAUGGUCUGCUGCUCAUUGUGCUCGAUGCGUCAGGAUGGACAGAGCUCUACUAUUGGACAUUACCACAAUACUUUGCUACUGCAUUCUUUGUGCAUGAAAUCAAUCGAAUCAUCGUUUUCUUGCAUCCCCUUUCCGUGCUACCGGUCAUUCUAAGCUUCAUUCCUUACUGUAUUUUUCACUUCCUUUGUGGAAAUGCUCACAGGAUAUUCGCAAUUUGCUGGUUUGUCUCGCUAAUGGCCGUCAACCUGCAAAUCGGAACCGAGAGAUUAGGAAGACAUGUUCUGGCGGCUUCCACUUGCUUCAUGCUGGCAUAUUGCAGUCUCAUUGUCUUUUACGGAUUCGAAAAUGCGAGUUCUGCAGUAAUAACCUUCCUCCCAGCAAAUUUCAACACUUCGGAUAUCAGUGUGAUGCCAGACGGAUCCAUUUACGCUGUGGAUGCUGAAGGCAUCAACAUUCAAACUCCACAAGAAGUUACUAUUAUUGUCACGAUUUGGUUGCUUGGUUUCGCAUUCUAUUCUCUGCAACGAUUUAUUCGAAAAUAUGCACUGUCGAUGCUGGAUCACCAAAAUGAAGCGAUAAAGUUGACCAAGAUGAAUGAUGAUUUGAAGGCACAAUUGCAGACUAUGAAGAAGGAAGUCAAGCUCGAUCUGGACUCACCAGUCACCAAAGUUAUCAACCUGAUUCGAAAUAUUCAAGACAAGUGCAGACUGGACGCAGAAACAAUGGAGAACCUUGAAUACGUCAUCGACAUCCUAUCAUCCAACCAGCUCUUCAUGCCAAACCUGAACGUCCAAGGUAGCACAAUGGACGCCGAAGUCAACAGAUGGCUAAACGUUCUCGUCGCUACUGAAAGCAAGCCCCAAAACAAGAAAGUAAACCUCUCAGCAUCCGAAAUCAUGUCUUCCUCUGUCCUCCUCGCAAACCAAGCAGCCAACGUCUCACGUAUCAACAUGAUCGAAAUCCCGAAAUCCACAGUUUCGUCCGCCAGCGAGGCCAAGAUAACAGGCGCAUUAUACGCAAUGGAUGAAUGGGAAUAUGAUAUAUUCGCUCUUGUGGACGCAACCGACAACCAGCCGCUCUACUAUCUCGGAAUGGCGAUUUUCGAAUCGUAUCCAUUCAAGCAGAAUUUCGGGGUUGAUGAUAUCACGUUACGGAAUUUCUUUAAGAGGAUUGAAUCGGGGUAUAAAAAUGUGCAGUACCAUAACUCGACACAUGCUGCGGACGUCAUGCAAGCCAUACAUUGCUUUUUGGUGACACUUGGAUUGGGUGAUCUGGUCACCAUGGAAGAAUGUUUUGCUGGUUUGGUUGCUGGUGCCAUACACGAUUUCGAGCAUCCGGGAACUAAUAAUGCAUUUUUGAUUAAUACGUCGUCGCCUUUGGCUAUACGAUAUAAUGAUGUUGCUGUGUUGGAAAACUACCACUGCUCACGCGCAUUCGAAAUCAUCACCGCACCAAACUCUGACUGCAACAUUUUCGCAAACCUGCCCCUUGAAAAAUUCAAGCAAGUCAGAUCGUGCAUACUGUCCAUGGUGCUCGCCACUGACAUGGCUGGUCAUUUCGAGUAUAUUGGAAAAUUCAAGAAUAAGAUAUCGGGAGCUGGAUUGGACUUUAACGACUCAAAGGACCGACAACUCGUACUCGACAUUGCCAUGAAAUGCGGUGAUAUCAGUAACGCUGCAAAACCACAAGAGUUAUGUCUGAAAUGGACGUUUAAGAUCAUGGAUGAGUUCUUUUUACAGGGUGAAGAAGAAAAACGUCGAGGCCUCCCAAUUUCAAUGUUUAUGGAUCGGGCAAACCAGAAUAUUCCAAAAUGCCAACUCGGCUUCAUCGACUUUAUCGUGCAACCGCUCUACGAUGUUUGGAACACGUAUAUGAACGAAGAUGGUGACUUUUUAGCACUAGAUUACUUAAAGAGGAAUAGAGAGUACUGGGACGCUGAAAAGCAGAGGGCUGAAGCAGAAGCAAGAGCAAACCAAGCAACGCCACUUCUACCACCACCACCACAAGUUUCAGACUCUGCUGCUUCAUCUUCUGUGAAGAUUCCAAUUUCAAAACUUCCGUAA